GAGCACGAGUACGAGGAAGAGAAUCCGUCGCUCCAAAGAAAUGUAAUSGAAGUAAAGUAAAAUAAAGAAACAGAAGUAGAAGUAUUACUUAAUAGAAAAUAGCCACACUGACGAGGUUAUCACAAAGUUGGGAAUUAUCACCGGUUGAAAUAAAUUGAAAUAAAGAAUAGAAGAUGCAGAACGAUGAAAUGAUAUGGCAGGUGAUCAAUCACCAAUUUUGUUCCUACAAGAGGACAAUAGGGAAAGCGAAGUCCGACAAGACCACAUUCUGUCAGCAUCCGUAUUCGGUCACAGGGCUUUGCAAUCGAACAAGCUGUCCUUUGGCAAAUUCCUUAUACGCAACAUUGCGAGAAGAAAACGGCAAGGUCUUUCUAUGUAUGAAAACCGUCGAACGUGCUCAUUCUCCAAAAAAUUUAUGGGAAAAGGUUUUGCUGAGUAGAAAUUAUGCCAAGGCCCUCGCACAAAUUGACGAGCAUUUGCAAUAUUUCCCAAAAGCUCUUCUUCAUCGGAACAAACAACGAUUAACAAAGAUCCAUCAAUAUCUAUUGCGAAUGAGAAAACUGAAACUGAAAGAGCUGUCGGGUCAUAAAGCUAAAAUCGUACAGGCUCCCACUCGUAAAAUCAAGCAACGGGAAGAACGACGAGAACAAAAGGCAUUGGUGGCUGCGAAGAUUACGAACAAAAUUGAACAGGAAUUGGUGGAUCGCCUCGCCAAUGGUACCUACGGAGAUAUCUACAACUUUGAACAAACAUCCUUUAACAAAGCGCUCGGACAAGUCGAAAGUGACGAGGAAGAGAUGGAAACUGAGGAUGAGUCUGAGGAGGAAGAAAGCAUCGUUGAAUACGUCGAGGACUUGGAUUCUGAUGAAGAGGAGAGCAUGGAAGAAGAUAUGGAGGAUUUCGAGUAUCUUGGUGAUGGGCAAUGGGGCAGAGCCGAAAGCGACAGUGAUGAAAGUGAUGACUACGACGACGACGACGACGAUGAUGCGGAAAGUGAAGACGGCGAUAGCAAAAGCGAAAAGAAGGAGRACCGAAAACCAAAGAAAAAGAAGAAAUCUUCGAAGAAGGGAUCCAGAGUUGAAAUUGAAUACGAAGAAGAGAACGACAUGGAAGAAGAACCAAUGCAAGAAGCUGGAAUGGCUUGGUAAAUUCACAGCCGACAACUUCUGUACAAUAAAGAAAAAUUGUAGAAUAUCUUCGAGCACCAAGGUAUCAAAUAUCUCUCUAAUAUUAUCAUGUAUUGCUGCAACUUCUAGUUGUGAUAAAGCGCAUGAUCAUGA